GACUAAGGUGCAAGAGGGCGCUUUGGAGAGUUCAGUAAUUUGAACCGUAUCUGGAAUGCUGCUAGAAUGCUUCUGACAUUGGAUGAGAAGGAUCUACGUCGUAUUAUUAAAGGUGAAGAUCUCUUUAGGAGGAUUAACAGGUAUAGAUUGUUGGAUGAGAUUCAAAACAAGCUCGAUUUUGUCUUGGCACUCACUGUGGAGAACUUUCUUGAGUGCCGUCUCAAAACACUUAUGUUCAAUACUUGCAUGGCUAAGUCAAUUCAUCAUGCCAGAAUGCUCAUCAGGCAAAGGUACAUCAGAGUUGGGAGGCAGGUGGUGAAUGUUGCUUCUUUUAGGGUGCCAGUAGUCCAAAAGCACAUUCACUUUUCUCUCACUAGUCUGUUUGGCGGUGGGUGUCCUGGAAGAGUGAAGCGAAAGAACCAAAAGUCUGCUGCCAAGAAGGCUGCUGGUAGUGAUGGUGAUGAUGAAGAGGAUGAAUAAUGAUCAACUUAGUGUUUUGAUCUAUUUGGC